AUGAUUACUGAAUCCUUCUCCUUCACUUCUCCAAAAGCAGUGAAUGAGAACCCAAAUACUGAGCAAGACUUAGACUCUAUGGAAAUUAAUGCAGAUAGUAACUCAAAAGAAGAACCUUUCACUAUCGCUAUCUCAAAGAAAUCCAGAAAAAUGAUAAAAAAAAGAGAUCAAAGAGUAUUAAAAUACUCAGAAGUACCAAAUCUCUUUAAUCACUCUCUAAUAUAA